CCUUACUUCCCCGCCGCGGCCGCUGCGCCCCGCGCGCGGUCCGUCGUCGGUCGCCCCCACCCUCAGCCUGCGUUCCGUCCUCCUCUGCACGCCGGGGUCGGCGGAGGAGAGCUGGGCGCGCCGUUGCAGCGCGGGCGGGCCGACCCGCACCUCACGUGCCUGCAUCUGGGCAAGAGGCGCUGCUUCGAGAGCGAGCGGGCGGUGGGCGACAGGCGGUGCAAGACCCACCACGGUGGGGGGGCGGCGGCGGCGGCGGUGCCGAGGUGCCAAGUGGAGGGCUGCCACGUGGCGCUGGGAGAUGCCAAGGAGUACCACCGGAGGCACAAGGUGUGCGAGUCGCACUCGAAGGCUCCCAGGGUGGUGGUGCUCGGCUUGGAGCAGCGCUUCUGUCAACAGUGCAGUCGGUUCCACCAGGUGUCGGAGUUCGACGACGCGAAGAGGAGUUGCCGGAGGAGAUUGGCAGGGCACAACGAGCGCCGGAGAAAGAGCUCUCACGAUUCUGUUCCCAGCUACUCUUCUCAGGGAUGUGCUCUCUCUCUUCUGUCAUCAUCAAGAAUGGAUACGUGGGUCUCUCCAUCCGAGCUCUCCUCGAGAUCCAGUGCUGCGCUGCGCGAGCUCAUUGCUGAGCACCGGGCGACCAUCCUGGCGAGGCAGCUCAUCUUGGAUCGGGACUGGCCCUCGCACUAUGCUGGAGGGGACCUUGGUGAGGCUCAAAACGGCUCUGCUUUGCUUUUCCCCCACGAGCACCAAGAGUUGCCUGAACCGCACUGCUGGGAAAGGUUCCAGGAGGAACCGGGCACGCACGUCACUCUAGAUCUCAUGCAGGCACCGAGCUCUGCGUUCGGCUUGUUGUCCAUGAGAGGAAAGGCUAAGGCUAAGGAUGAGGAAGAGUGUUCAGACAUAUGGAACUCUUUCGCAAGUACCCAUGUCGUUUAAAUUCCACUUCCCUCUCACGUCCGUUUCCCUUCGCUGCAAGGCAGAAGAUGUACCAAUUGAGCGAGGACCUCUAUUUGAGCUGUAUAGAAUUUUGCAUUUUCUACUUUAGUGUGUGUGUCGUGUUCCACGGAAUUGAUGCUUUCUAACUCAAUCCACCUAUUAUGGUGUUUUCAGAGCAAUGAACUUGUAUUUCCA